GUACGUUCCUUUCUCUCUCUCCACCCCAUAAUUUGGAGUCUUAAACUCCAUUUUUAUGGUUGAGUAAGUUUCAUACUUCUUUGCCAUUUAUUACAAGUGAAUUUGCACUUUUAUUUGAUUGUUUACUCUAAAUAUUUGAUGUUGUAGUAAUUUCAUAACAAUUAUCAUGGAAACAGGUGUUAUUAACACAUUCCCUAACUUCAAAAUACCUCCUUCCUAUAUCACAAUGAAAAAUUACUUGCUUUUUUAUCCUGUAAAGACUGCAUUUUUAACUAGUAAUUCAAGAAUUAAGUUAUCCUCCAAGUUUCAUAUAUGUUGCUUAGAUCCUUCUAGAAGUCACAAUUCCAUAGGAACUAAAACUUUGGUUGAAAAUGAAGUAGAAGAAGAAGAAGAUGAUGAUGAGGGUUCUAGUGAUAGUAAAAAUCAGGUUAGGGAGGAACCGUCCGAGGUGGACUGGGAAGCAAAAUUCCUUGGAAAGAUGGAGCCAUCUGGGGAUGUUUUACCUGAAAAGAAGAAAAAGAAAGUAAAUUCUAGAUUGCUUAAGAAUACAGAAACAAUGGAUUGGUGUAUGAAUGCUAGGAAAGUUGCUCUUAAGUCUAUUGAAGCUAGAGGAUUGACUCCUGUUAUAAAGAGUAUGGUUGGUGGAAAUAAAAAGACCAAAAAGAAGAAGAAGAAGAUUAAAUCUAAGGUUGAUAAGAAAAGACCGGAUGAAGAAAUUGAUGGAGAGUUGGAAUUUGACUCGGAUGAUGAGGAUUUCGAUUUGGAUGUUGAAGUUCCUCUAGGUAAUAGAAGUGACCUUAAAAUGACAGUAAGCAUGUUUGCUGAUGGUAUGUUUGAGGAACAGAAAGCUAAAAACAUGGAAACGUUUGUCCAAAGGCUAUCUGAAUUUGCAGGACCAUCGGAUCGUAAGAAAGAAAUUAGCUUGAAUAAAGCAAUUGUUGAAGCACUGACAGCUGAAGAAGUGUUAGAAGUCACUUCUGAGACAGUCUCAGCUGUUGCGAAAGGGCUUACCCCAUCGCCUCUUUCUCCAUUAAAUAUAGCCACAUCAUUGCAUAGGAUAGCGAAGAACAUGGAGAAAGUUUCAAUGACUAGGAGCAGAAGGUUGGCAUUUGCUCGCCAAAGAGAGAUGUGUAUGCUUGUAAGCAUUGCUAUGACUGCUUUGCCUGAGUGCUCAGGACAGGGUGUUUCAAAUAUUGCGUGGGCACUGUCAAAAAUUGGUGGUGAGCUUCUCUAUUUGACAGAAAUGGACAGAGUGGCAGAAGUAGCGUCGACUAUGGUUGAGGAGUUCAAUUCACAAAAUGUUGCUAAUAUAGCUGGGGCCUUUGCGUCAAUGCAGCACUCUGCUCCGGAACUGUUUUCGAGGUUAGCGAGAAGGGCCUCGGACAUAAUUCAUACUUUUCAGCCUCAAGAGAUUGCUCAAGUCUUGUGGGCUUUUGCUUCUCUGUAUGAGCAACCUGGUCCCAUGCUUGAUGCACUUGAUAAUGUUUUUAGUGAUGGUAAUCAGUUCAAAUGCCGCUUGAAAGAUGAUAAAUUACCUUAUAGUAAAGAAAGAACACCCGAUGGUACUGCAGAUGUUGAUUCUGGAGCAAUUAACUCUCCCGUGCUAAGUUUUAAUAGGGAUCAGCUAGGUAAUAUAUCAUGGUCUUAUGCUGUUCUUGGGCAGAUGAAUCGAGUUUUCUUCACCAAUGUAUGGAAUGCUCUCAGCUAUUUUGAGGAGCAACGGAUAUCUGAGCAGUAUAGAGAAGACAUUAUGUUUGCUUCCCAAGUUCAUCUUGUGAACCAAUGUCUCAAGCUAGAGUACUCACAUCUUGACUUAUCCCUGAAAGGUGAACUGGAGGAAAAAAUUUCCAGUGCUGGAAGGACAAAACGGUUCAAUCAGAAGGUUACUUCCUCAUUUCAGAAGGAGAUUGCUCGCCUUCUUGUAAGCACUGGGCUAGAUUGGGUAAGAGAACAUGCCGUGGUUGGUUAUACCCUGGACGCAGCGGUCAUUGACAAAAGAGUUGCUCUUGAGAUAGACGGCCCUACUCAUUUCUCAAGGAACUCAGGAUCCCCCUUGGGACAUACAAUGCUAAAGCGGAGAUUUAUCACUGCUGCUGGUUGGAAGCUCGUAUCUGUCCCUCAUCAGGAAUGGGAAGAGCUCAAAGGAGGGUUUGAGCAGUUAGAGUAUCUCCGUGGCAUUAUCAAAGAUCAUUUCAAUGAAGGAAGCUUCAAUGUGGAAAUGGAAGAUGGUCAUUGAAGUAUAAUAGGAAAACCAUAACUGUAUUUUAUUGUGCUUCACUCAUUCCUUCUUCGUUCCUCUAUCAUAUAGCAGGUUUAUACUUCUCUUACUUUUCAAAGUUUAAAUGUCUUCAGACUUUUGAAUUCUAUACUAAUGUGAAUUACUUUUAAAUUUUAAUAAAGUAUAAUUAUAUGAAC